AUGGUUCCCGGGGAAGAUAUUGGUCGGUCUAUGGAACGCGCAAUGUUUGCUUUCGGGAACCAGAUUCUCACCGGUAUUCGUGCAAUACAUGAGCAAGAGCAAGCCGAACAGCAGGUCCCGAGGCCCAUCCACCGACGGACAUCCGUCCGUCGAGAGCAUGUCCUAGCUCAUCAACGUCUGUUCAAGGACUACUUCACCGAACAUCCCCGGUGGGGCGCGCCGGUUUUUCGCCGACGGUUUAGGAUGCGGCGAGAGUUGUUUCUCCAGAUUGUUCACGCGUUGGAGGCGCGCGACGAGUACUUCCAGUGGCGGGAAGAUGCGACCCAUAGAAAGGGUCCAUCCCCGCUGACGAAGUGCACUGUUGCGCUUCGUCAGUUGGCAUACGGCACUACGGCGGACAUGUUCGACGAGUAUCUUCACGUCGGGGAUACAACUGGCUAG